AUGCCGGUUCGAUCGUGCGGCCGAAUCGUUGGGUGGGCGUGGCCGCUUUUGGUCUUGAGCCUGGCGGUUCUCCAGCCAGUUGUGGUGCAAGCAGAUGUGUGCGAUCCGACGCCACAGGCUUCAGCCGCAUGGAACGUCAGCUUGGUGGCGCAGCACGGGGCUGGUCCCGCCCACAACCGCCUGUUUUUGCCUGAUGAAAGCUAUACGCUCGCGCUUGAGGCGCACGAGGUAUCCUCGGGCCAGGCUCUGGACGUGGCCGGCCUACAGGUCGCCUUGCUUGCUGGUCCGGGCCAGUUGCAAGGGGCCAAAUCUUGUGGAACUGGCAUUCCCUAUGCCGAUGCUACUCCGCCCGUUUGGGCAGCGCCGGCGCCGCGCGCCCUGUCAACCUCUGGGCCUCACAUUGUUCAGCUACGCGUCUUUGCCACGGUGAACGGCUCCGCCUACCGCGCGCUCUUCAAUCUCACCUUUGACUGUGGGUGCGCCGCCCGUGAUGGCGGGGGUCAGUGUACUCAAUGCACCCCCUGUGAAGUUGCGUGCCCCGCCGGCGAGGGUCUUUCUGGCAGUGAUAUCUGCGAGGGCGAAGACGUCAGCAACGCCUAUUGCCAAACCUGUGGGACUGGGUUUUUCAAAGCGACCAGCGAUGGUGCCGCCUGCCAGCGCUGCGGAACUUGCGGUGCGGGAACAACCGCCAUUCGGGACUGCACCGCGCGCCAGAAUGCCCUCUGUGUCUCGACGUCGGAGCGCGACGCCAUGCUCGCUCUGCGCCAGUCCCUGCUCGACGCCAGCGUCUGGAGUGAUGACAACUACUGCGCAUGGACAGGGGUCACCUGCUCACAGCCCACGCCGCCUUUGGCUCGAGUGCAGGACAUUAUCCUGCCUGGCCCCCUUGCAUCGACACCGGGCGUCGCUACGGGCCUGCCUGCUGCCUUGGCCAAUCUUCCCGCCCUCGAGACAUUGACUGCUGUGGCCGCUCACUUGACCGGGCCCUUCCCUCCAGCUCUAGCCGCUAUCAGCACCCUUCGCGAACUCGACCUGAGCCAAAACCAGCUGAACAGCAGCCUGGCCGACCCUGCCCUGGUGACACUCCUACCCCAGCUGCGCGUUCUCAAACUUGGCAACAACCACCUCACUGGCCAGCUGUCGACCGCGUGGCUCUCUGAGGCCGCCCCCAGCCUUACAACGCUCGAGCUGCAUAACAAUCGCUUGCGUGGUUUCUUGGUCUCCAGCCCGGGUCCCUCCACCGAUGAGCUGCAGGGCAGCGCCUUGCAGGCGCUGCGCGUCGACGGCAACAUGCUCUUUGGCCCCCUGCCCCCGCUCAUUGCCAUUCCAGCCCUUAGCAGCCUCCAGCUUAAUCAGGGCUCCGGAUUUGGCUUUGACUGUCCUCCCCUCACUGGUUUUGCCCCGUUCAGCUGCUCCACCUGCGGUGUACCCGCCGCUCGCCCUUUAACCGACACAACUGCAGACCUGCCUGCGGCUGUAGCACGAAGCUCGGGUGAAGAAAUUCCCGUGGCCUGCUUGCCAGACCAUCUCACGCUGCAGGGAAACAGCACGUUUUAUCUGACGUGCGUUUCGCCGAAUGAUAGCACCCAAACGCCCGUCGAACAAAACGCUUCCUACGUCUGCACCGACUCCACCAACACUGCCGCCUGCGCAUGUCAUCCCGUCCGUGCCAUCAACAUCACCCACUACCUACUGCUCGUCAAUGUCAGCUUGGCACAGGCCACUGCCGCUCAAGACGACCUGCAGGCUCUCGUGGCUACUGACGUCCUUCAGGGAUUGGCCCGCCACGUUUGGCUGACCCUGGAAGCGGUGCGCCCUCCUGCCACGCUCGCCACUCAAGCACCCACCAUCACGGAGGCGCGUCGGCGCAGUGGCACGGCUGUCGAACCAUCAACGCCCGCUACACUUUGUAUGCUGACUGUGCUCAUCGAUACCAUUGGCAGCGGCAGCCCCAACUUUCGUGCUGCCACAUUGGACGACCGCCUGACGACUUUGCCCUGGGCUGAGCUGCUAACGCUGCUGCAGGGAGUGGAUGGUCUAGAGGGCCUCCAAACCGUCACCCUGACCUCAUCUUCCCCGCCGACCGCGCCCGCUACCACGCCCGCCAUGGCAAGCCCAACUCCAGGCGCAGCGCGGUCUCGAGACACGGAUGAUCAAAACGAUACAAAGGUGAUGGGGUUUACUGUUGCCGUCGUGCUGGCCACCCUAGCCUUUUAUGCUGCCCUUUUUGCCAUUGGCCACGUGCGUGGCGUAUCUUAUCGGUACCAGUACCGGCGACAAUUUGCAGACGAUGAUCCCACGAACAAAAACACCAUUCAACUCGCUGGGCCCAUCAGCGAGCACCAAAGCGACCAUAGCGAGGACGGGCCUCUGGGUGUUUCUCAAAUCGCCAAUGACAUGGCCAGCGUCGUGAUUCAGCCCAUGGCUGAGCGUCCAGGAAGCGAGCAUGUCAAUUUGUCUGGUGGCCCCAUCAGCAUUAGCAACCCUCCCAGUCGCUCCAAUACCUGGGGAUCCGACCAACGACGUGCGACGGGAGCGAGCGUUGAGCUCGCAGGCGGGCGGUCCCGCACCCAUACCAACGCCAGCGCUGUCUAA